GCACAAGUGUCAAGAAUUGGUCAAGAAGAUCAAUCCAACCAAAAAAUAAAAUAAUUUAAAAAUAUUUUUUUGAAAAAAUGUCUCUAAGUAGAUUCAGCCGAUUACUUGCUUUUCGACAUUUAAGGCUAGUAACAAGAAAUCUUAAUGUUACAAACAUUAACUCUGGAAGGAGUUCAUCUUUGGGUAACCGGAACCUUAUAAGACUUUUAAGUACACAAACAUCGCCUAAUGAAGACGAACAUCAUUCAAUUAUUAAAGACACGGAGAAACCAACAGGUGAAAGUACAAAAUAUGAAUUUAAGGCUGAAACCAAAAUGCUCUUGGACAUAGUGGCCAGAUCGUUAUAUUCAGAAAAGGAGGUAUUUAUAAGAGAACUAAUAUCUAAUGCUAGUGAUGCCUUGGAGAAGUUCAGAUACUUAGCAGUUUCAGGAGAAGAGGCUGCCAAAAAAAUUCAAGAUGUUGAUCGACCCUUAGAAAUACAUAUAUCAACAGAUAAACAAAAUCGAACAAUUACCAUACAGGAUACAGGUAUUGGAAUGACAAAGGAGGACCUUAUAUCAAAUUUGGGUAUAAUAGCUAAGUCAGGAUCUAAGGCAUUUAUUGAACAAAUCAAAGAAAAAGCUGCUGCAGGUGAUAAUAAUAUUAUAGGACAAUUUGGCGUUGGUUUCUACAGCUCUUUUAUGGUAGCUGAUAAAGUAGAUGUUUAUUCAAGAGCUGUUGGAGAAGAUACUGGAUAUAAAUGGUCCUCUGAUGGAAGCGGUACGUAUGAAAUACAGCCUGCAGAGGGUGUUCAAUAUGGAACCAAAAUUGUAAUUCAUUUGAAAGCAGAUUGUAGAGAAUUUGCAGAUGACGAUACUAUUAAGAAUGUAGUCAAUAAGUACAGUAACUUCGUUGGUAGUCCGUUGUACCUUAAUGGCAAAAAAACAAACAUUGUACAACCAUUGUGGUUAUCAGAUGCUAAAAAUGUUACAGCACAACAGCAUAACGAGUUCUAUAGAUAUAUAAGUGGCAGUUAUGACGUACCUAGAUAUACUUUACAUUACAAGACUGAUGUACCUCUUUCUAUUAGAGCUUUGUUAUAUUUUCCUGAAGGAAAGCCUGGUUUAUUUGAAAUGUCGAGAGAAACUGAAUCAGGAAUCGCACUAUAUACCAAGAAAAUUCUUAUUAAGAACAGGACUGAUAAUAUUUUGCCCAAAUGGUUAAGGUUCGUAAAAGGCGUUGUAGACUCGGAAGAUAUUCCAUUAAAUUUAAGCAGGGAACUUUUACAAAAUAGUGCUCUAAUUAGCAAGUUACGUGACGUUCUGACAGCAAGAGUUUUGAAAUUUCUACAAGAACAGCUGAAAAAGAAUCCAGAAGAGUACGAAAAGUUCUAUAAAGAUUAUGGUUUAUUCAUUAAAGAAGGUAUUAUAACAAAUUACAACAUGACCGAAAAGGAAAGUGCUGCAAAUUUAUUAUUAUUCGAAUCAUCGCAUGAAGCUCCCAACAAAAAAGUAACUUUAAAUGAUUACCUGGCAAGAGCUACAGAUAAUAGGACUAUUUAUUAUUUAGCAGCUCCAAGCCGAACAUUAGCUGAAAACUCUCCUUACUACGAAUCUCUGAAAAGUAGAAAACAAGAAGUGUUGUUUUGCUAUGAACCUUAUGAUGAACUAGUCCUUAUGCAACUUCAACAAUUCAAGGGUAACAAAUUAGUUUCCGUUGAAAAAGAUAUGCGAGAGGAUAAAAAUGCUAAUGAUCUAACAAAUUUAGGAGACGAUAGUUUAAAACGUAGUGAAAUUAAUGACUUGUCAGCAUGGAUAAAAGAAAAGUUAGGUGAUAAAGUUGCGGCAGUAACCGCUACCAGUCGCCUAGAAAGCCAUCCGUGCGUUGUUACGGUUGAAGAGAUGGCAGCCGCGAGACAUUUUAUCAGAACACAAAGUCACAGUGUUUCAGAAGAUAGAAGAUACGCUAUUUUACAACCUAAAUUUGAGAUUAAUCCAAAACACCCGAUUAUUAAGAAAAUGUAUACCUUAAUGGGUACAAAUCCAGUACUGGGCGAAUUGUUGGCGAAACAGUUAUUUGCGAACUCCAUGGUAGGAGCUGGCCUAGUAGAAGAUCCUCGAACUCUAUUGACAUCAAUGAAUGAUCUGCUGGUGAAAGCUCUGGAGAAACAUUAGACUACAUGAAUUAAGAUUUUUGUUACAUUUGUUCAUUCCUGUAAAUAUGUUUUUUCUGUUAUAAUAUUUGCGUAAUAACAAAUUAACCAACUGACGGUUUAAAUUUGUUUUUGAAAUCAACUGUGCGAUAACUUCUUCGUAAAAUAUCUCAAUGUCCAAAUAUAAAUAAUUUUUUAUAUA